ACAAAUUGACGAAUCAACAGCCGAAAUUGCUAUUACCGAAACUGGUUUUGGCAAAUUUAGUUUCAAAGUAACAAUAACGUGUUAUCUAAUUUAUUUAAACAUGAGUAUGGGAGUAAUAUCCACUGGCUUUAUACUACCAGCAGCUGCUUGUGAUCUUGAAAUGAAUACCGCUGACAAAAGUUUAUUAAGCUCAGCAUUUUUCAUUGGUGCUUGUUUUAGUGCAGUGAUUAGUGGAUUUUUGGCAAAUCUGAAAGGUCGCAGAUGGACUUUACUGAUGUCAUUAUUUCUCCAAGGAUUCUCUGAUUUUUUGCAAUCAAUUUUAUCCAAUUAUUGGAUUAUUUUUGGAUUGAAAUUUUUAUCUGGUGCUGGAUCGGCUGGACAGAAUAUUGCCUUCACUUAUUUGGGCGAAUGUUUGCCAUUGAAAAAUAGGAAUUUUUUAUUAUCAAAUAUGGAGUACUUUUGGAUUUUUGGACAUGCUUUUGCAGCAGCUAUUGGACUAGCUAUCAUUCCACAACAAUUUUUCAUCAAAAAAUUGAUUUUUUCCUUUCACUCUUGGAAUCUCUAUAUUUUAAUUUGUUCAUUGCCUGCAAUUUCUCUUGGAUUUUGUUUAAUAUUUUUGCCUGAAACGCCAAAAUAUUUGGCUGAAAUGGGAUUAAGAGAGCAAUUAUUGCAAGUUCUCGUCAAUAUGUACGAACAAAAUGUUGGAAAAUCAGGAAAAUUGUAUGUGGAAAAAUUAUUGAGUAGUGGAAAUGAAAAACUUAAAGAAUUGGUACAAAAUAAUAAAGAAGAAAAAAUGGAGAAUUCGGAAAAAUUAAUUACAAGGAUAAUUAAUCAACUGAAACAAUUGAAAUUUAUUUUUAAACCGACAAUUUUAAAAACUACUUUACUCGCAUGUAUCACUGCAUUUACAGUAACAUCAACUUAUUACGUAUUUUAUCUCUGGUUGCCAGAAAUUUUUCAGAGAUUCGCAAAAUUUGAAGCUGGUAAUAAUGAAGAAUUAUCCACUUUUUGUAAAAUUUCAAGUGAUUCUUCAUCAACUGAAAAUAUACUAAAGCACGUCUGUGACACGCCAAUUGAUAAAAAAGUAUUCGUGAACAAUUUAAUAUUGUGUGCAUCUUGUUUUCCCACAAUUAUCAUAAUUACAUUGUUAGUCAAACAUUGUGGAUUAAAAAUAUUAUUAGCUUCAUGUUGCCUAUUAUGUGCGACCAUUAUUGUUGGUAUUUAUUUUUCAAAUUCAUUUCUUCAAAAUUUAAUUUUGUUAUGUAUCUAUCUAUCACUAUCAUCCACGAGCAUGACUCUUCAGUUUGCAUACUUCGUUACAAUUUUUCCUACGAAUCUCAGAUCGUCAGGUAUAAUUGUUACUAGUUUAUUUGUUCGUGCAGGAGCAAUGUUUGGCAAUUUUACUUUCAGUUUACUUAAAGAUGAAUGUCUCUAUUUUAUAUUAUUAGUAUGCUUAUUACUAAUAGUUGCUGCAGUAUCAACAAUUUCAAUUCGCGAAAGAAAAGAUUUAUAGAAAAGAAAAAUAUUGAUUAAUUGAAUUAAAAUUUAAGCUAUAAGUACUUUAUAUUAAUAUUGUUAUUACUGA